AUGGCGACAAUGGCGCAGCCGCUUGUGACCCAAGCCCGCGACGAAAUGACGAUGGCGACGUCGUUGCGGGACGUCGUCGAGCGCAUGUGGUCGCUGCCGCCUGGCUGGCCACAGCUUUUGUGCGACGCCUUUGGCGGGCUGCCUCAACUGCCGCCCGAUUGGCAAGUCAGAGUGAGCCGGGAGCACGGCUUGCCGUACUACGCCAACAAGGAGCUACGUUGCACACAAUGGCGCCAUCCAGGGCUACCGGACGACGUGCCGAUCCCUCCAGAAGUCGCUGGCUUGAAGCGCGUGUGGCGUCAGCUGCAAGAAGAACGCGCGCAACGUGCCGCCGCCGAAGUAGCGCAGCGCCAAGCAGCCGCAGACGCUGCACGCUGUGCGAUCCUGGAUCGACUGGAAGACGUCGUGGGACCAACGGCCUUGUUCGCCAAGGUGCGCCAUGUCCAAGCCAUUCUGCGGGUGCGCUGCCCAUUCAUCCGCGCGGUCUGGCGCGCUUUUGACCCGAUGCGCGAUAUCUUGCAGCUGCAACUCCCGACGUCGGUCGGUGGCUUCCUCUACGAUCCCGUCGCUCUGCCGUUCUCAGCCCACAAGUCGACCAUCCGUGCCCUCUGGCCGAUCUUGCGCGCUUGCGUUUGGUACAGUCUUUGGCUCGAACGCAACAACCGCGUGUUCCGCACGACAUUGACGCCCCUGCCCGCUGCUGCGCUCGCGAUCAAAGCCGCUACUAUCACGCGAUUGCAUAUCCGGCACUUGGCUCGCCGCGCCGUGGUGCCUUCGCUUGCCGAGUCGCUCCAUGCCCUACGCGCCGACCCUUGGCGUCCUCGCUACCUCAUUCCCCACUCAAUCCCGAGCCCCGACCACGCGCCUUCAGCUUGACGUAUCGGCCAAACCUCACGAGCGCACUAGGAAGUCCACCAUCUUCACUAUAUAAUAGCCUGUUAAUAACUCAUUCAACAACACCGCUGUCC